AUGCACUUCCAAGGCCUGCCACAGGUUUUGCGCCUGUCGCCUCUACUUCUAGGUGGUGCCCUGGCGGGACUUGCCUCUGCGACGACGCAGUCUGCUGAGAGCGAGAUCCAAUGGAAAAAGUGCGAGGGAGUCAUCGGCAGAGUGGUUGCUACCGGCCUGUUCCCGCCGAUUCCGGUGGAAUGCAGCAACCUCACUGUUCCCAUCGACUACUCUGAACCCGAUAACGGCACAUUCGAACUCCCACUUAUCCGAAUGCCUGCUCUAAAGCAGCCUUCCAAAGGUAGCAUCAUAGUUCACUUUGGUGGCCCAGCGCCGCUUCAGACUACGACGCUGGUUACGCUCGGCGAACAGAUGCUUUUGGGUACCCAAGGUACAGCUCUGGAACUCUCAUGCUUCAACACCACGAGAGAAAGAGAAUUGUGGAAUGCGAACACGGGUGGUAUUACUGCCUUGACCACCGAAGACAAACUGGCCUUUGGUAGAAGCUGGGUUCUCGCCGAGAAACAUGCACAAAUCUGCGCCGACAACAACGAAGGCAAACGCAUGGACGUGAUCGGCACCGUCGACACGGUUCGAGAUGUCAUGUCCAUUGUGGACGCACUCGGAGGUGACCGUCGAGUAAGAUUUUACGGAAUCUCUUACGGCACUAUUGUCGGUGCGACUCUUGGUGCCAUGUUCCCCGAUAGAAUUGAGCGGCUUGUUCUUGACGGUGUCUCAAACAUUCACCAGUGGUGGGCGGGCGAAUUCUGGGAGAUGCAGACAGACUCCGACAAGGUCCUCGCCGGAUUCGUGAGGACCUGCUUCGAGAAGCCCGAGCUGUGCCCCCUGGCCGCCGCCAACCCGAACUCGACUGCCGAGCAUAUGACGGAGAAGAUUUACGAGAUGAUGGAGGAACUCAAGUUCAACCCGAUCCCCAUCCUCGACGACUCGAUUCCCGGCGUGCACAUGAUUGACGACGGCUUCGUCAAGAGCAUGAUGCGCGGGCCCCUCUACAACGCCGCCGGCUACCCCACGCUCGCAGCUCUUGUCCACCUCCUGAUGAUCCGCGACCUCGAAAAGUUCAUCCCCAUCUAUAACGAGGCCAACCCGGUCACCGAAUACGGCGACUCUUCCAUGGGCAUCACCUGCUCCGACACGACGUUCCGCGCCGAGACCGUCGAGGACGCGCUCCCCCGCAUCGAGAAGAACAUCGAGAUCAGCCGCUUCAUCGGUGACAUGAUGCACACCGGCGUCGCCCUCUGCUCCCAAUGGAAGCUGCCCCUCAAGGAGCGCUUCACCCGCGGGUUCCACGAGCCCGUCGAGCUCCAGACGCCGCCGCUGCUCAUCGGAAACGAGUACGACGUUGUCACGCCCCACGUGUCUGCCGUCAACGCGAGCGCCUCGUUCCCCGGCAGCUCCGUGGUCAAGUUCAACACCUUUGGGCACGGCAUCCAAAGCCAGCCGUCGUUGUGCACUGCAAACAUUGUCCGCGAGUACUUUGAGAAUGGGAAAUUGCCGGAGGACGGUACUGUCUGCGAGCCGGCUGCGCACCCUUGGGAGAACACCAAGUGGGACCCCUUGUUCAAGGAGCUCGAUUACGUUCGGCCUUCCAAUGGCACUGGUUCAAACAGCACCGCUGCUUAG